UGUGGUAUUAGUUUAAGCAGAAUGUGUUUGUCUAUAUUUGUUCAGAUUUUAUGUAGAAGUCCAGGUUGUUCUAAAGGAUUCACAUACUUUUUCUUGAAACUGUACAUGUUUUUCCUACGUACACGGAUUCCAUCCCUGAACACUUUUUCUGAUAUGAUGUUGCGUCAGCCUCACAGUUCUGAGGUGCGGGGUUCAAUCCCCGGCCCCGCCUGUGUGGAGUUCGCAUGUUCUCCCCGAGCCUGCGUGGGUUUUCUCCGGGCACUGCGGUUUCCUCCCACAUCCCAAAAACAUGCAUGAAUUGGUGACUCUAAAUUGCCCGUAGGUGUGAAUGUGAGUGCGACUGGUUGUUUGUUUGUAUGUGCCCUGCGAUUGGCUGGCAACCAGUUCAGGUUGUACCCCACCUCCUGCCCGAUGAUAGCUGGGAUAGGCUCCAGCACGCCCGCGACCCUAGUGAGGAGAAGCGGCUCAGUAAAUGGAUGGAUGGAUGUUGCCUGCAAAUUUGCGUCCUCUUCACUUCACCCUCCAAGGGGUCACGACUCCUGACUAUUUAAUCCAAUCACGGCGGAUUGGAGACAUCAGGUGAUCAGAUGAGCCGUGAUGAAGAGCAGUGGGACGGGACGACUCAGUCAGUCUGUGCGAAGACCUUACAUGAGCUUUUAGUGGGACUCUUUCCUCUUCACUUGUUGGGGAUCCCCACCAUUCCACAGUCAGGAUGGCUCGAGAUAUGUCCGAUAAGGAGAUCCUGAAAAUGGAGCUGGAGCAGCUGAAGAAAGAAGUGAACACACCGAGGACAGCCGUGGGUGCAAACUGCACAGAGACAGUCUCCUUCGUAGAGGCGCUGCUUCCCAAUGACCCGCUCAUCAAGGGCGUCCCCGAUGACAAGAACCCCUACAAGGGGGACAAGGGCGGCUGCAUAGUCACAUAGCACACAGCUGGAACUUUGUACGUGCUGCGGCAGAAUUUCCACAGACGCAAUGUACAGUACGGUAGCGAGAUCAGAUGUGUAAAGUGUGGCCAUUUGUAAUUAAAUGCAACUAGCUUCAACAAAGUGUCCUGACAAUUACUAUUAUUAUUGUUUUUUUAAUGACUUUUCUUUUAUGGCACUUUCAUGCUCAUGACGCUCAAAGCAGUUUAAGUGCUUCAGUCAAACUCCUAAUAGGAUUUACUUACAUGCGGCAGUGGGGCGCAUAGCCACGGCGUCACUUCCUGCUUCCCUCUGAAGCUCCACUUCAUCCAAUUAGAGUCUUUCCAGGUCAGGAAGCAGCUUGUGGCCCACAUGUUUAUUAACAGCGGGGUGAUUCAUUCAUUCAUUCAUUUAAUUAUUUGGAAACUUGACAUUAUUUCUCAGGAGUACGUUCCAUCAUGUACAAAUUUAGGAAUGCAGUUUUCCUUAAGAGUUUUGCUCUAAUUCUGGGUUUCCAUGGAAAAUUGAUUAUUUUGGGAAAGUAAAAUUGGCCUUUGGGGCAGAAAUGAUUGUGCCCCAUGAAUUUCGCCGAGCAGUAAGUGUCAAGUCACAGGGGAAAAUAAACCAAACAACUACGUUGAUUUACAUGACGGCUAGCAAGUUAAAUUCUUACUUCAAUCAGUGAAGUUUUAUAAUAAACAUCUGUGUGAUUUGGUACUGCCUGUUCAAGUGCACUGGGACAGAAAUAUUUGUGCCCCAUGUUGUCCCGUCAAUUGUUCACUUUAAAACUCAUCAUGAUGGCUUUCAAAUUCAGCAUGACGACUUUAUAUCUCAUCAUGAUGACUUUAAUCUCAGCACGAUGACUACUAAUAGAUGAUAAAUUGUGAUAUUUAUGUCGACUUUAAACGUCACGACGACUUUAA